AGCAGGCCCACAACACAUGGGCAAAUAUUCAUGCCGUGAGGAGGCAUCUGGUGAAAAGAGCUCCAUCUAUGUGUAUGUAAAAGCAUCUCUCAUCUUCCUGUGUGGUUUCCAUUUUUUUUUGUUUUUUUUUGUUGUUUUUUUGCCAAAAAGACACUUUGGGUGCCAACAGAUGCCCUAAAUACCCACAAUCAGCUCUCUGUAUUCACUAGUCACCUGCAUGACCGUUAUUUAUACAUCUGUGUUAUGUGUUUUUGCAAGCAUGUUCUUAUAAUCCCAAAUAAUAAACUCUUCAAAUUGAUCCUUGGCAUUUUUGGCAGUUGACACUAAUUUUACUAAUGUGAACACUGCAGGUGUGGGUUAUUUGUUUUUGUUUAUUAGGUAUGAUGGAGAGUAGUUUUUCACUUUCAGUCUUUUUGUGACACUCACUCUCUUUCUCUGAGCUGUAAUGUCAUGAUCUAAGCCCCCUUGGUUGUGUUUCAUUGGUUUUUGAUUUAGCAUUCCUCUCAGCAGAUCCUGAAAAUCCCUUCAGGAGGAACAUCAUGUUUGACUUUGUUGCGGGAGAAGGAGAAACAGCCACGAUCCCAUGCUUGGCCACAGACCCACAUAUGACAGACUUGCACCUGCAAAAAUGUGACGGACAGUCCCUGCCCAACAGCCUACGAUAUUCAUCCAGUAUUGAGACAGGCAUAACGCUGGAAGAUGUCAGGAAGGACUUCAAGGGUUGUUACGUCUGUGUCGGGACUCUGGAAGGCAACACAGUUAAAUCCGGACAAUAUCAACUCAAUGUUCGCCUCGUUCCAGACAUGCCUCCUGUGAUCACACUGGGUCAGCCUCCGAGAGUGCUGCUCAUCCAGGGGGAAGAACUCUCCCUAUCCUGCAACACCUCAAAUGUCAACAGCGACAUCACAGUCAGGUGGAAGGCUCCACAAGGAGUGCAACCGUCAGUGCAGCGGUUCUCAAGUAUCCUGACCGAGCCCAUUUCUCACCUGAGGAACGCCACCCUGAAUCUGGGGUCUGUGACCAUGCAGGAUGCAGGGAUUUACAACUGCGAGGCCAGGAACGAAAGGGGGACCAGUGCAAAGGCGGUCUUGGUUGAAAUCUAUGAGAAAAGCUUCAUUAACCUAACAAGUGUGAAUAACUGCACUAAGAGAGUGCGGGCUGGAGAAAGUCUGUCCCUGCGUGUGGUAAUGGAUGCUUACCCGAAACCUCAUCCAUUUUCCUGGAGCUACAGUGGUGUAAAACUUACCAACACUACUGAUCAUGUCAUUACCAGUCACUCACAUGGGAAUAGGUACACCAGCGAGCUGAAGCUAGUGCGUCUCAAGGUGUUGGAAAGUGGCGUUUACACCUUUUCAUGCUCAAACCGAGACGCAACAGUUCAUCAAAUGUUCGAAGUCCAUGUCAUAAGUAAACCACAGAUUGUGUCCCAUGAAGGGCCGAUUGAUGGACAGGUGCGCUGUGUGGCUGAAGGUUACCCCACUCCUCAGAUCAAGUGGUAUUACUGUGACCAACCCCAUUCAAGGUGCUCCAAUUUGCUGAAUGCCACUCAAGAGGAGGAGGAUGUUGUCACUGUAACCAUGACAAAUCCUCCUUUUGGGAAAGGCACAGUAGAAAGUCGUCUAAACAUCACCAAGAACAGUUACUCCACCCUUGAAUGCGUGGCAUCUGCCAAUGGAGAAAUCGUGUACACUCUCUUCUCUAUCAGCGAGAACACUGUUCCUCAUGAACUUUUCACGCCGUUGCUCAUCGGUUUUGUUGCUGCAGCUGUUAUCCUUGUUCUCAUCCUGAUUGUGCUGUCCUACAAGUACAUGCAGAAACCUAAAUACCAAAUACAGUGGAAAGUCAUAGAAGGUAUCCAUGGAAAUAGCUAUGUGUAUAUUGACCCCACCCAGCUUCCAUACGACCACCUGUGGGAGUUUCCCAGAGAUAAGCUGCGUUUUGGAAAAACUCUCGGAUCUGGAGCAUUUGGGAAGGUGGUGGAGGCCACUGCAUAUGGGAUGUCCAAAGCAGACACUGUGAUGACCGUAGCUGUGAAGAUGCUCAAACCAAGUGCCCAUGCCACUGAGAAAGAGGCUCUGAUGUCAGAGCUGAAGGUGCUUAGUUAUCUUGGCAACCAUAUUAACAUUGUCAACCUGCUAGGGGCCUGCACUAUUGGAGGUCCAACUCUAGUUAUAACGGAGUACUGCUGUUUUGGUGACCUGUUGAACUUCCUGCGCAGAAGGAGAGAAUCCUUCUACUACACUACACUGGGAGAAGACUCUUACUAUAGAAACGUCAUGCUGCAACCAGAACAAAAUGAGAGCAGGAAUGGAUACGUGACCAUGAAGCCCUCUGUAAUGGGAAUUCUGUCCUCAGAAAACCGAAGAUCACUUAAUAAAGGUGAUUCAUACAAUGAUUCGGAUGCCGUUAGUGAGAUUCUGCAUGAAGAUGGCAUGACUCUGGAUACUGAGGAUCUUCUUAGCUUCUCCUACCAAGUAGCCAAAGGGAUGGAUUUCUUGGCAUCCAAAAACUGUAUUCACAGAGACCUGGCAGCCAGAAACAUUCUCCUCACCCAAGGCCGAGUGGCCAAGAUCUGUGAUUUUGGACUAGCCCGGGACAUCACUACUGACUCAAACUAUGUUGUUAAGGGCAAUGUAAGUAUUAACUGUCAUUACAUGUGACAAACAACUUUAACAUUUAUUUUAUUUGUAGAUUUUCCCACCAAGUUUUA